AUCUCAAGUGGCACGUCAAAGAUAUUCGGUAGCUGUUAGGUAGGUUAGUUUAGUAUCAUAUGUGCAUGGAGGCAUGUGAUAGAUCAAUUACAUCAGUGGAUCUAAAAACAAAAAGAUAAGAUCAUACCAGAAUUUGGAUCCCACACAAAAAUUAUUUCUUGCGUCUAUGAUCUAAUAAGAUCUGACAACAAACCAAAGCAUAAGCCAAUAACAGCUGUUCGCACAAGGAUUUAAGCUCUACCACCAUUUGCAAAAUGUGAAGCGGUUUUCCAGUGUGAUUUGAUGUCCUUAAGUAUCACAAAACUAUAAAUUGACAGUAGUGGCGGAACACCUUCAGUUAGGGGGGGGGGGGGUACUGCUGACUUUUGGUCUCAUUCUUUCCAUGCAAUGCCCAUACGGCUAAUGUUAAAAUGCCAAAAUCAAAGGGGGGCACGGUACCCAGGUGCCCUCCCCGCAGUGUUCUAAAAUUGGAUAUUGGUUGGGUGUGCCGAUGAAGAAAAAAAUCCUAGGAUGAGAAAAAAGAAAAUAACGCCUAUGCAUUGCCGGAUUGACUAUGGCCGAUGAUGACAAUUUUGAGCCUCGGGAGCGCCGCCAGCGGAGGCUCCGUCCGCGCAUCAACAUGGGAGCACUGCAUCCAACGACAUUCAGGGAAAACUUCCGCCUCAGCGUCGAGGUCGCCACUGCACUGGAAGACCUCAUUAGCGGGACGGUGGCGCACGACACGGGCUUAAAUAUGGCACUGACACCUCGCCAGCAGCUGCUCGUGUCGCUGCGGUUCUAUGCUACCGGUGCGUAUCUGCGCCUGGUGGGAGACGGCCACGGCGUCUCCGAGGCCACCGUGUGCCGCGCCAUUCACCGCGUGACGGAUGCGAUAAUCCACCGCUGCCCAGGGGCCAUCACCUGGCCGAGCGACCCGGCGGCUCUCGGACGUCUCAAGGAGGACUUUCGACAGGUCGCCGGGCUGCCCGACAUCGUGGGGUGCAUCGACGGCACCCAUGUACGCCUCACCGUCCCCCGAGAGCAGCGGGAGGCGUAUAUCAAUAGGAAAGGCUUCCCGUCCCUCAAUGUGAUGGCUGUCGCUGCACCCGACCGCUCAAUCGUUGCAUUGAGCGUGCAUUGUGGCGGUCGGGUGCACGACGCCCGAGUUUUAGCCACAUCAGGGCUGCCCGACUAUUUCCGGAAUGGAAAUCCUGUAAUGGGCGCCAUGAUGCUGGGGGACAGUGGCUACGGCCUGUCACCCUGGCUCAUGACGCCCAUUGCAGACCCCACCACCGCCGAGGAGCGCGCAUACAAUAACGCUCAUGCGCGCACUCGUGUGGUGGUGGAGAACGCCUUCGGCGUUUUGAAAAUGCGGUUCGGGGCGCUCGAGUUCGGGCUGCGCCUGAAAAGUGUGGCCCGCUGCGUGGCGGUUAUUCACACGUGCUUUAUCCUACACAAUAUGUGUAUCAAGGGCGGUGACUUCGGCGAAUGGCUCGGACCACUGAGGCAAGAUGAAGGAAUGGUGCAGGAGCCAGCUGACGGGGCGGCAGAGCUGCCGGCGGCAGGCGCCGAGAGGCGGGCGGGUCUUGUGCGCCGCAAUGACCUCGUGCGGCUGUUCGUACGCCAUUAGCUGGUCGAUACUCGGGCCAACCGCAGCUAGGCAACAGCAGAGUCGUCUACUCAUGGCCAGUGGCCUAUGGCUAUGUACGUGUGCUUGAGUGUUUGUGUAUUUGUAUACGCUUGGGGAUAGGGAGAGAAGAGGGAGCGAGGGGUAUAGGGAGCGAGCGGGAGAGGGAGCGAAAGGGAGAGGGAGAGCAGCAAAUAAAAACAUGUUUGA